AUGUUCGGAACCACCCCACCAGUCCAUCCCUCUGCUUUACAAGCUAUCUCUGGAAAUCAUUACGGAAUGGGGUACGAGCAACCUAUGCCUCAAGCUCAAAGUUCACCUUAUGGUGGUGUAGGUUUUGGUCUGGGUGGAGGCGGUAGUGGCGGAAUGAUGAGUCCUGGUUCGGGUGGUGGUCAGGCGUUCCCUUCCAUGCGUAGUAUGGGGAUGAACCUGAACAUGGGUGGGAUGGGAGGAAUGGGUGGAAUGGGUGGAAUGAACGGUAUGGGUGGAAUGAACGGUAUGGGAGGAAUGGGGAUGAGUGGCAUGGGAAUGGGAAUGGGUGGUAUGGCUGGCUUCCCUUCUAUUAAUAAUGGGUUGGUCUUUCUGCUUUUUUUCAAAACCUUCGAUUCCCCGUUUUCUUCUUCAUUUCAUCAUUCUUUUGGCGAGAUGUUAGGCGACGAGUCUGGACUAUGA